AUGAAAUUGAUUUGGGAGAGUGCAAUUUUUCAGUUGGUUAUGCUUUGGCAAUUUGCCUUGCCCGAAGUUGAUAAAGUUUUCAAACCUCCCUCGUUCUGUCUUGAAAGAAUGGCAGAAGAAUUAUCAACAACGAUUCCGCAAUCGCAUGGAACCUCCACGAAGAAAAGACCUUCGAAGAACGACAAACUAAGCCUGGAGGACUACCUCCACCUUCUUCAUUCUCGCCAAACGCUUCACCUAACAAUGAAUCAACUCAAUCAGGUCAUCCGCAUUCACGGCUUCAAGAAAAUUCAUCACGCUCCCAAGAAGGUGUUGGUGGAUGCUGUAGAGUCGCUUGAUCUUCUAGAUAUGCCGCGCUCAACGCUGAGCGAUGGCGUGUCGGCAUUUGCGGCUAUGGCGCUGGAUGAAGUAGUUGCCGAUCUGGCAGAGCUCAACUGGCAAGAGUGCUGCGUAACCUCCGUCGAGAAAAUCAGUUUCUCCGACGGUCAGAGGGUGUUACCUGCUUCCUCCAUGUUGCCUUCUUCCUCCGAUCAGAGCUUCCGAGUCACAAGCCACUCGAAGCGGAUGAACGAAAUCCGUGAUAUAAUGCCUAGUGAUUUCAGGGAAAGACUAAAACCGACGAAAAUGGUGCCCAAGCGUAAGAGGAGAAACGGUCGCGCUCUCGACUCUGUUGCCUCAACAGUGGAUUCCGCUUCCCUCGCUUCCUGCUGA